AAACAACUGGGUGAUCGCCAUUACCUUCCUAAAAAGAGAAAAACAUCUAAUGAUGGACUCCCGUACCAGUGCCCAGGACGUGUUGCGAUGUGACCUGUGUAAGACCGCUGUGGUACAGAUGCACUGUGAUACGUGUCUUGUCAACCUGUGUACAGCUUGUGUAGGGAAACAUAUGAUAUCUGAUGAGUCCAAGGACCACAAAGUCGUCAAAUACCAGGUCAAGAAAUCCACUCCCCUCUACCCUGGAUGUACAACUCAUAGCAAAGAAAGAUGUGAAAUGUACUGUAAUCAAUGUGACAUUCCUGUUUGCAGUACUUGCAUUGCAUCUGACCAACACUUAGGGCAUAAGUUGUCAAAAAUUUUGCAAAUUGUGGAAAAACAAAAGAGCAAGAUACUUCAAGAACAAACUGAAUUAAAUGAAAUAAUUUUUCCAACCUACAAGGACAUUGCCUCUGAUGUACAAAACAGAAUGAGACAGUUAGAAAAGGAAUAUGGAAAUCUCUCAAAAGCCAUUACAAAGCAUGGAGAGGACUGGCACAGAGAAGUUGACAAACUUGUCCAGAAACUUAAAGCUGAAGUUGAUGAGAUGAAAAACACACAGUUAGAAACUCUACAGAAACAUCUGGAUGAAAUAAACAAGACAAUAUCUUAUAUCAAGGAUGAAAUCAAAUCAACUGAUAUCACUAUAGACACGAAUGAUUUGUCAAAACUAUUCAGUGUCAAAUUCUAUGUAGACAAAUACAGAAAGCUUCCACACAAAAUUGCGCCGUCUUUACCAAAAUUCAUGCCAAAACAAAUUCAAGGAGAAGAAUUAACUAAGCUAUUUGGAGCCUUAUCAUCAAGCUCUACAGCAUCAGAUGAGCUUGGCUACAGAAUGAAGACAAUACAGAAAUCACCAGAAGCUGGAUCCUCUACUCCAGUCAAACAGCUGCUUGAUGAACCAGAGACUGUCACCACUAUAGACACUGGGUAUGAAAAGCUUUUCAGUGGGGCCUGUCUGAGUGAUGAAGAAAUCUGGACAAGAGGAAAUGAAAAAACCAUGAAACUCUACAGCAUCAAUCAGGGAUCAAUACUCAAGUCAAUCACAACCAAGUCAGGGAACACAUCAAUAGAUAUAGCAGUGACAAAAACUGGAGAUUUAGUUUAUACUGAUUAUGGUGACAGAACUGUGAACAUUGUGAAGAAUAAGAAGAUAGAGGAGGUGAUCAAACUACAGAACUGGAAACCUGACGGUGUCUGUAGUACCUCCUCUGGUGACCUCCUGGUUAUCAUGGACAGUGAUGAUUACAAACAAACAAAAGUUGUCCGUUACUCUGGCUCCACAGAGAAACAAACGAUUCAGUUUGAUGAUAAAGGUAAACCUCUCUAUUCAUCUGGUCGAUAUAACACAUACUACAUUAACGAAAACAGGAACCUGGAUAUCUGCAUGUCUGACUGUGGAGCUAAAGCAGUAGUGGUGGUCAAUCAGGCCGGGGAAACGAGAUUCAGAUACACUGGACAUACUCCUGCUCCAAAGAACCAACCAUUCAGUCCACGAGGAAUCACCACAGACAGUCAGAGUCACAUCCUUACAGCUGAUUAUAACAAUGACUGUGUCCACAUCAUAGACCAGGAUGGGCAGUUCCUCCGUUACAUAGACUGUGGACUGAGUGAACCCCGGGGACUGUGCAUAGAUACAAAUGACAAUGUGUUUAUUGCUCAACAGGCAAACAAACAAGUGAAGAAAAUCAAAUAUUUGAAGUGAAUUUUUCUGCUGUACUGUAGUUAAGCAUUUUAAAAUGGUAAUUCACAGUUGAAAUCAAUCAUCAUUGAAGUUUACAUUUAAUAUCUUGUCAGAGCUGAAUUAAAUGAUGAAUGUGAAAGAUAAGCUG